AUGGCGCCCAACCAGGAAAACUCCUACAACAACGAAGGGUUCGUCGAGGACGAGCAGGGGGGCAAGGGGCGCGCCGGGGGCGCGGAAACGGCGCCCCCUGGGAAUGCCCCGUUCGAUUUCGACGAUUUGCUGCCCCACGUGGGGGAGUUCGGGUUGUAUCAGAUCGCUUUGUUUUUCCUGAUGGUGCCCUACGCGUUUUUCGUGGCUUGGGUGUAUUUCACGCAGAUUUUCAUCACUUUGGUGCCGGAGAAUUAUUGGUGUAACGUGCCCGAGUUGCUCGAUUUGCCGCUGGAUGAGAGGCUAGCCUUGGCCAUACCGAAAGGAAAAGACGGAUUCGAAAAAUGCCUCAUGUAUGACGUAAAUUUCACCGAAAUAUUGAAAAAUGGCGUCAAAUCGGCCAAUGAAUCCUGGAAAAUUGCAUCCUGUCGCAACGGAUGGGAGUACGACUACAGCGUGGUACCCUACGCUUCUAUAUCUACAGAGCAAAACUGGGUGUGCGAGAACUCGGCGCUGCCCAGCACCGCCCAAUCGAUCUUCUUCUGCGGCGCCAUCUUGGGCGGCCUCGUCUUCGGCUGGACGGCGGACAGGUUCGGGCGCAUACCCGCCCUGGUGGGCACCAAUCUAGCGGGCCUGAUCGGCGGCGUCGCCACCGCCUUCUGCAAUUCCUUUUGGAUGUUCUGCGUGUGCCGGUUCUUCGUCGGCAUGGCCUUCGAUAAUUGUUUCACCAUGAUGUACAUUUUGGUUUUGGAGUACGUGGGGCCGAAAUGGAGGACCUUGGUGGCGAAUUUAUCCAUAGCAGUGUUCUUCACUUUAGCCGCUUGUGUUCUUCCAUGGAUAGCUUAUGGUUUGGCCGAUUGGAGGAUGGUUUGUUACGCCACAUCAGCCCCUUUGGCUUUGGCAAUUCUCACGCCAUUUUUCGUUCCGGAAUCUGCAAGGUGGUUAGUUUCGCAAGGGAAAACCGAGGAGGCCAUAAAAAUCCUGAAGAGGAUCGAGAAAGUCAACAAAAUGGACGUUACCGAGAAAGUUUACGACCAAUUUAGGAGUUCCUGCGCAAAAGCGCUGAAAGAAGAGGACGCCGACAGGACUUACACGGUGAUCGAUCUGUUCAAAUCGCCCCGUUUGAGGAAGACCACCUUCAUCUUGGUGACCCUCUGGAUGGCGAUUUCGCUGGUCUUCGACGGGCACGUGAGGAACGUGGAAACGCUGGGCUUGGACGUUUUUCUCACCUUCACCGUGGCCACUUUCACCGAAUUCCCCGCCGAUGUAUUCUUGAUUUUCGUGCUAGACCGAUGGGGCAGGAGGUGGCUCGCGGCCGGUUCGAUGAUAGUCAGCGGAAUAUUCAGUUUGUUGGCUACAGCUGUACCUUUAGGUAUCCCGUCAGCUUCGCUCGCUAUAGCCGGUCGAUUCGCCAUAAACAUUUCCUAUAACAUCGGAUUACAAUACGCCGCAGAGAUACUACCCACUGUGGUUAGAGCCCAAGGGGUGGCUUUGAUACACAUCAUGGGCUACGUGGCUAGUAUUAUAGCACCGUUCGUGGUGUAUUUGGCGAAAAUGUCUACAUCGUUGCCGCUGUUGAUAUUGGGAGUGCUGGGGAUAUUGGGGGGGAUGCUGGCGCUGUUCCUGCCGGAGACGCUCGAUCACGAGCUGCCGCAAACGUUGCAGGACGGCGAGAAUUUCGGAUUGGGACAGAAGAUUUGGGACGUUCCCUGCGUCAAGAAAAAAGAGGUUGAAACGAAUAACGAAGGUUUCUACAGGGCCAGUUCGUUUAGAGCCUCUACGAGAGCUUCGUUCAGAGGUCAAAUUCGCUCCAGUUUGCUCAAUAGAACGAGCAACGCCGAAAGUGCGGAUGAUUCGAAGAAAAUUUAA